GAGUGUAUAUUCACGAUCAGUCACUGAGGCGAUAUAUGAUAAAUUCCACCGAAACCCGAAGACAACUGCUCAAAUCCGAAUCAAUAAUCGUUCCCUCGUUACAGAAUGCACCUCUAAGUAUCUGCCAGAGGAUAAAGUUCUAUCCCCCCUCCCCCUACAGAUAUAUUGCAGGAGGCUGAGAGCCUGAAUCGGACAAAAAUCGUCUCCUUCAGUCUUACCAGAGGAUAUAAAUAAGGGAAAACCAAAAAGGCGACUUUACUAACGUCCAAGAAAACCUAUUUUUGAGAAGAAUCAGCAAAAUAUGUGGACGGCAGUAUGAACGAUGCAAUAUCGGAUUUAAGGAAACGCGGAAAAAAGAAAAGUAAAAUAGAGCAGCUUCUCUUGGUGGACCACAGUAACAUUUAUUUUGAAAAUGAUCGUCUGGCAGAACGUCUCGCUAAGUUUGUGGACGAACUUCACAAGGACAGACACAGGCAGGAAAUGCUUAGAAAUGUCGAGAUUCAGGAACUUCAGCGUGAAAUCGAGAGUCUACAGUCUAUGAAAGCAGCCUCGUCUGCACAGACGAAAAAGUUUUUGCAAUCUCUUGAAAACUAUUCAGGGACAAGUGCAAUACCUAAACCUACAAAGAAAGUAAGACCUCACACAACCGGAAGUUACUUUAAAAAGUCACGCGCUAAAUCCGAAGAGCGGGGACCGGUUGAAAAAGAAAAGAUACGAACAAGGGCGCGCAGUGCGAGCAAACAGGAGGAUUCUGGGAGUGAAAACGAAUUCGAAAGAGCAACGAAACGCGAAAAACGUGCAGCUGCAGACGACACAAAAACUGGGGAGCAAUCAGAAGGCGGGAAAAAGAAACUGAAAUAUCCCGAGGACUGGUAUACUACAGUGCUUCCAGCCUCUGACAAUUGCUUAAAGAAAAUUCGCCAGCAAUACAGGAGAGAACAAACUGCUCCGACAUUUUCUCUCUCAAGAAAGUCAAAGAAAAAGUCGGAGAAAUCAAAAGACAGUGCCAAACCUCAUCCUAGUACGGCUAUCGGACAACGUGGCCAAAGUCGAGAAAAGACAGAGGAAAUGAAACAGAGAUCGCUCGUAAAUACUGCGCAAGGCCGGAAGCAUUCUACCGGGACGGUAGGAAGCAAAUCCGAGAUGGAGGAACAAAUGGAGUCGAAAUCUCGAAUCAAGCUGCUUUGCCAGCAGAAGGCAAAACCGGUGUUGAUGUCCUUAAGACAAAUGAGAGAGUUAACAGGCAUGGAUGGAAACAAUGACUCCAUGCCGAACAAACGUCAGGAAAAGUUAGAUCAACAGAUACAGGCCACUAAAGUCAAAUUUCUUUCAUUGUCACAGAGGGUUAAGACUUUUGUGAAAGAAUUGGACGCCAAAAUUGCUCAAGAUUUAGAAGACACUAAACCUAAGGAACUUGAAUCUCAUCACAAUGACAUGUACGCCGGGAUAAUGCCUCCGGACCAGAUACAAGUACCAUCUUAGAACUUCUUAGCCUGCAGAGCAUCGAAUCACACCUGUUUCCCACGUAUGAAAUUUAAAAAUAUAUAUAUACACUGUAUAUCCAUUCCAUGUAUCCCCCCCCCCCAAAAAAAAAAACCCAGAAAAAAUCAAACUAUUCAUACCAAUAGAUUUUAUAUCGUGUUCGAUAUAACAUCUACUGUAUGAAAAUCAACAAUGUGUUGAGCACUGAAAGAACAUGUGAUAUCUAGCCAUAGACACACAUAUACAUAUAUAUUGUAUUUGUGAAUCAUUCUAAAAAGUAAAAUAUAUUUUCAUUGUUGUCUGAUUUGCGUCAUGUCUUCGAUUCUAAAAGUAUGGGUCAUUUUGUAAGUGUUAUCCCUUCAAUGUGAUUUGCAUAUAUAAUUUCUGUCUUCAUUGCUUGUGUCUAGCUGGGUCAAAGGUGGCGGAUUUGUAUCUUGUGUUCAAUAAAUAUCACAUCGCUAAA